AUGCUUCUUCAGGAUCUGACCAAGUUUAUCUGUGCUGGAGGUGCUAAUGGUGAGCAUAAAUCGGGUGAAGCUACGGGAACUCCAUUUCUGACGCCUCAGAAACGUAGCGAGAAAAGGUUCAAGUCUGCUGUAAGUAAACUGCAAGAUGCUUGGCGGAAGCGGGACGAGCAGUACUGGUUCAGGAAUUUAUCAGUGCAGCAGCCUGGGCUGCAAAAGGUCCUCUCUGGAGUUCAGAUCGAUAAGAUUCCUCACGAAUGUCAUCGAUUUGCGGUGCGAAAGGCUUACGACAAGGUCAAGGAUGCUGAAACUUUGAAGAAGAUGAAGACGAAAGAGGAGCGAGCAGCAUUCCGGGACAAGAUGCGUGAACAAAGACAUCAACACCAAAAAAUCAUGCUGGCGAAGAUCAAGGCCUAUUUCAGUCAGGAAAUUGCCGAGGAGGACAUUGUUGUUAGCGAUGUAGCUUUACCAUGUCCUGGUCGACCUGUCUCAGUUCCGAGCGGGCAAUCGUUGCUGUUAACUGACUGCGUAGUGUUUACUCAGUUCUUUUCUUCAUUGAAGAAGUUCAUCGAAGCGGACCAUAAGAUCACAGCCAAGCAACUUUUUGAUGCCGUUCAUGAAGGAAGACCAGGUUUUAUGAAGUGCACCGCGAAGCUGUUUGGUUCACUGCUGAAGACUUUACUGCAGGAUCCGGAAUACGGGAAUCUUUCCCAUUUCAAUGUUCGCCUUCACGAGUUCUCAAUUGAGAAUAACACAGUAUCUGAACUGUGUCGUGCUCUUCUCAUUGGAAGUACGGGCUUGGACGAAAAAAUUCGCGAAUGCAACGACGUCGACGUCAUUGACGUUCACGAACUCCGAAUGGGAGGAUGGGAGAAUGCUGUUGAAAGUGGUCGUAACUCUCCAUGUGAAGUGAACGACAUGUCACAGAUCGAUAUAGAUGUGUGCAAGACCUUCCUUGACAGCUUUACGCCCGACAAGGAACUCUGGGAACUGACUCCGGAAGAUCAAUUGGGAAUUCUUGGUUUAGUGCUGAAUCGUGUGCUUGACCUUCGUUCGUUCAAGGAUUACAUUAACCAGGAAGGACUCAGUGAAGCUGCUAGAAACUUGCGUGAUAAGAUCACAAAACUUAAUGAGCAG